CCGCCGGUGGCCGCCGCGCCGAGGGAGCGCCGCGCGGCGGAGAGCAGGCUGUGCAGCAUGGAGACUGGCUCAGUGGUUCGCGCCAUCUUUGACUUCUGCCCUAGCGUGUCAGAAGAGCUGCCACUCUUUGUGGGAGACAUUAUUGAGGUGUUGGCAGUGGUGGACGAAUUUUGGCUUCUGGGGAAGAAGGAGGAUGUUACAGGACAGUUUCCCAGCAGCUUUGUGGAAAUUGUGACCAUUCCCAGUCUAAAAGAGGGAGAGAGGCUGUUUGUUUGCACCUGUGAUUUUACAUCUCAAGAACUGAACAGUCUUUCUCUCCACCGAGGUGACCUGGUGAUUCUCGAUGGCGCUCCCACUGCAGGAUGGCUGCAAGGCCGAAGCUGCUGGGGUGCUCGGGGCUUCUUCCCGUCCUCCUGUGUCCACGAGCUCUGCCUGUCCUCCCAGAGCCGGCGGUGGCACUCAGAGAGCGCGCUCCUGCAGAUUCCUGACUACUCCAUGGGACAGGCACGGGCCCUCAUGGGGCUCUCUGCCCAGCUGGAUGAGGAGCUGGACUUCAGAGAAGGAGAUGUGAUUACCAUUAUCGGAGUUCCUGAGCCAGGCUGGUUUGAAGGAGAGUUAGAAGGGAGAAGAGGCAUUUUUCCAGAAGGAUUUGUAGAGCUUUUGGGGCCCCUGAGGACUGUGGAUAAGUCUGUGAGUUCUGGACGUGGAGAUGACUGUCUUGCCAAUGGGGAGGUAGAUCUCCCUGUGGAAGAAGACAGCGGGGCUGACGAGGAGGACACCCAGCCAGGGACCUAUGGAAUUGCCCUCUAUAGAUUCCAAGCCCUGGAGCCAAAUGAGUUGGAUUUUGAGGUAGGGGAUAAAAUUAGAAUUCUGGGGACAUUGGAAGAUGGCUGGCUGGAAGGAUGGCUGAAGGGCAGGACAGGAAUCUUUCCCCACCGUUUUGUAAAGUUGUGUCCUAGCUCCAGGGUAGAGGAUCCUGUGGCUCUGCCACAGGAAGGUAGCCUCAUCAAGACCCCUGAAAGCUCUGUGGAUACUUUGGAGGACUCAGUAGUGGAGGAACCAAGAUACAGAUCUUGUGAAUAUGAAGUGGAGAGGCCCAACUGUGUUUGUCCCGAAACCACCCCUCUUCCAAUAAAUGAUCUGACUCCUGAGCAUGACGCAAACAAGGACUCUAGUCAAGAUGAAGGCAUCUCAGAAGGGGCUCCCAGAAGCCCAGGCAUGGAGCAGGAAUCGUCUUUUGCUCAAGCUUCUUCCCUACCUGAUCCUUCAGAGGUAGUCAAUGGUAUUUCCUCCCAACCUCAAGUACAUCCCAAAGUACGGAGAAGUCAGUAUUGUUCUACAGCAUGGGAGAGCCACCACAGCUCAGAACCCUUUGCUGACCUUCUUUCUCUAGAAGCCAGGACAAGAGGCUACUCCAGCCUGCCUCCCAAAAAAACGUAUACCCAGUGGAGGUCUCUUCAGAAGCCAGAGCCCCUCCUUCACAGGGCAGCUUCCCUUGCAGCCUCUAAGGUAGCCAGCCAACUGAGCCCUCAGGGGAAGGCAAGGUAUGCACAAAAGCACCACACAUCCCAAGAAAGUGCCUCCAGCUUCUUUUCCACACAAAGGAGGCCUAGACUACAAGGCAAGGGGCCCUCCGUGAAAGUCACCCCACUGUCACAGGGAGAUAGCAGUGUUGAUCUGGAUUCCAAGUUGACGCAACAGCUCAUAGAGUUUGAGAAGAGCCUGUCAGGGCCCAGCACAGAGCCAGAUAAAAUUUUACGCCACUUUUCAAUCAUGGACUUUAACUCUGAGAAGGAUAUCGUCCGAGGUUCCUCAAAGUUAAUCCCCCCACAGGAGCUUCCCGAGAGGAGAAAAGCUUUGAGGCCACCACCACCCCGACCCUGCACCCCAACACCCACUUAUCCCCACUUGAUGGUUGACCAGAGCCCAAAACCUGCACCCCCCUUGGCUGUGAGGCCCUCUCGCCCAGCUCCCCUUCCUCCCUCUGCACAGCAGAGAAUGAACGCAGCCUCCCCCAAGCCCCUUGCCGGUCCCCAUCCUAGCUGGGACACCCUAGAGAAAGAGGGCACUGAGCACAUGGAAAAGAGCCCAGAGCAGACUUCUCCAUGCCCCUUGGUGCUGGCACGGAUUCAGGAAGUGGAACAGGACUUGGACAUGUACACCAGAGCUCAGGAGGAGGUAAACUUGAUGCUGGAGGAGAAGCAAGACGAAUCCUUGAGGGCAGAGACCCUUGAGCAGCUCGAGUUCUAUGAGAGCCACAUUCAGAGUCUGAAUCUGGAACUGCAGCAGCUGAGAGAAAUGACACUCCUCUCCUCCCAGUCUUCAACCCUGGUGGCCCCUUCCGGGUCUGUAUCCACUGAAAACCCAGAGCAGAGGAUGCUGGAGAAGAGAGCCAAGGUGGUAGAAGAACUUCUUCAAACAGAAAGAGACUACAUCCGGGACCUGGAGAUGUGCAUUGAGCGGAUCAUGGUGCCCCUGCAGCAGGCCCAGAUAUCAAACAUUGAUUUUGAGGGACUUUUUGGAAACAUGCAGGCAGUGAUUAAGGUCUCAAAGCAAUUGUUGGCUACCCUGGAAAUCAGCGAUGCUGUAGGCCCUGUGUUUCUUGAUCACCGAGAUGAACUUGAGGGAACAUACAGGGUUUACUGCCAGAAUCAUGAUGAAGCUAUUUCCCUGCUGGAAAUCUAUGAGAAGGAUGAGAAGAUCCAGAAGCAUCUUCAGGACUCCCUGGCAGAUCUUAAGAGCCUGUACAACGAGUGGGGAUGCACUAAUUAUAUUAACCUGGGCUCCUUCCUCAUCAAGCCAGUACAGAGAGUAAUGCGUUAUCCGUUGCUGCUAAUGGAGUUGCUGAAUUCCACCCCAGAAUCCCAUCCAGACAAAGUGCCUUUAACCAAUGCAGUUCUUGCUGUCAAGGAAAUCAAUGUAAACAUUAAUGAAUAUAAACGUCGAAAAGAUCUGGUGCUUAAGUACCGUAAGGGCGAUGAAGACAGCCUCAUGGAGAAGAUUUCCAAGCUGAACAUCCACUCCAUCAUCAAGAAGUCCAGCCGGGUCAGCAGUCACCUGAAACACCUCACUGGCUUCGCUCCUCAGAUAAAAGAUGAAGUAUUUGAAGAAACAGAAAAGAACUUCCGCAUGCAAGAAAGAUUGAUUAAGUCUUUUAUCCGAGAUCUUUCCCUCUACCUCCAGCAUAUCCGGGAAUCCGCAUGUGUGAAGGUGGUGGCAGCCAUGAGCAUGUGGGACGUGUGCAUGGAGAGAGGCCACCGCGACCUGGAGCAGUUUGAAAAGGUGCACCGCUACAUCAGUGACCAGCUCUUCACAAACUUUAAGGAGAGGACAGAGCGGCUUGUCGUCACCCCCUUAAAUCAGCUGCUGAGCAUGUUCACAGGGCCCCACAAGCUGGUGCAGAAGCGCUUCGACAAGCUCCUGGACUUCUACAACUGCACCGAGAGGGCAGAGAAGCUCAAGGACAAGAAGACCCUGGAGGAGCUGCAGGCGGCCCGCAACAAUUACGAGGCGCUGAACGCGCAGCUGCUGGACGAGCUGCCCAAGUUCCAGCAGUACGCCCAGGGCCUCUUCGCCAACUGCAUCCACGGCUACGCCGAGGCCCACUGUGACUUUGUGCAGCAGGCACUGGAGCAGCUACAGCCGCUGCUGUCGUUACUCAAAGGUGCCGACCGAGAGGGCAACCUGAUUGCCAUCUUCCACGAAGAGCACAGCAGGGUUCUGCAGCAGCUCCAGGUCUUCACCUUCUUCCCCGAGUCACUUCCAGCUACCAAGAAGCCAUUUGAGAGGAAAACCACAGACCGCCAGUCUGCAAGGAAGCCCCUCCUGGGCCUGCCAAGCUACAUGCUACAGUCCGAAGAACUCCGCACCUCCCUGCUGGCAAGGUAUCCACCUGAAAAGCUCUUCCAAGUAGAACGGAACUUCAAUGCUGCUCAGGACUUGGAUGUCUCCCUUCUGGAAGGUGACCUGGUGGGUGUGAUCAAAAAGAAAGACCCCAUGGGCAGUCAGAACCGCUGGCUAAUUGACAAUGGAGUUACCAAAGGGUUCGUGUAUAGCUCCUUCCUGAAGCCCUAUAAUCCCCGGCGCAGCCACUCCGACGCCUCCGUGGGCAGCCUCUCCUCCACCGAGUCAGAGCACAGCACUUCCUCGCCAAGGUUCCCUCGGCAGAACAGCAACAGUGCCUUGACCUUCAGCCCCAACAGCAUGGCUGUGUCCUUCACCACAGCACCUUCCUCAAAGCAGCCUCAAGAUGCAUCUUCACUAAAAGAAUGUGACCAAGGAACUCUGGGGAGUACAGAGAGUGGGCCAUCCAGGGCCUCCUUAGACACAGACUCCACUUGCCAGCCAAGGCCCGGGGACCUUGCAGAUGGGGCCAAAGAUUUAAGCCAACUAGCUGCCGCCCCGAGGGGCUGCUCCCGAAGCUCCAGGCACCCAGAGGUGGUCGGUCACUCUGUACCAGGGCGAAAUGGGCAAGGCAGUGACUUCAUAAAAGGAAGUACGAGAACCACCCAGGCUCCAGAAGACAAGAGCAAGGAUGCAGGGAGUAGUGAGGCAGAAGGCAGCCAGGUCUAUUUUGCUGUCUACACCUUCAAGGCACGAAACCCAAAUGAGUUAAGUGUGUCAGCCAAUCAGAGACUCAAGAUCCUUGAGUUCAAAGAUGUUACAGGGAAUACAGAGUGGUGGUUAGCUGAAGUUAAUGGGAAGAAGGGCUACGUCCCAUCCAACUAUAUCCGCAAGACUGAGUACACCUGAGCCCAGGCUGCCUCUACCCGACCGACCGUGCCUUCACUUUCAGUCUUCUGAAAGGUUCUGGUGGGCUGCCAGUCGCCUGCUCCUAGACACAGGCCCUGCUGCAUUGCUUAUCUGUAACAUGGAAUGCAAGAUAAGCUUUGUUCUCAAUUGGGUUAUAAACCUUAGUGCUCACUAGGGUUUCUAGAAUUUUGAAGUGGGCUCACAAAUGAUUCAGUGACCAUAAGAAGAGAGGCAAGUUCUGGAGUCAGCCUUUGGAAAUGAGAAAUUUCCAGUCAGAAGACCAGUGCUGUGUGUGUGCAGGAAGCUAUGCUCUCAUGCUCUGUGAUCAACGGAUCAGAAAUCAACAUAGAUGAAGAGAACACCACAGCUUUGGGAGUCCUCUAAGAUCUGUCAUGUGGCAAGGAUUUUGUCAAGAUUGCGCCAAGCCUAGUGUGUCAAAGCUUCCAAGACACCUCCAGUGUUCAGCACACCUUUUCUCUAACACAUAGUCACCCCUAAUUCCUACAGUUUCUAAAAUACCAAUCUUAUUUAUUCCAACUGCUUUCUUUUGCUAAGUGGUUAGGGUCUUCGUUUUCCUUUGGCCCUGCAUCUGAAAGGUUCUCUUCCCCGUGUUAGACACAGCCACCUGCUCCUUCCCACCUUAUACUGUCUCUGUGUGAUGUCUUCUGACCCUCUCUCCUUGUAUUCACGAGCUGAUAGACUUAGUGCUCCAGCCAUUGAAAGUACUUCUUCUGCACGGAUCGAAAGUCAAGUCUGUAGGAAGACUGGAUGCCCUCUCCAUCCCAGCACACUGCUGCCAUCUGGUUACAUUCACAGAUGCCCAGUACAUAACCCAUGUGGCUUAGACUUAGAAGUGGGGUUUUGUGUCUCACGUCUAACUUCAUGCUUCCAAGACGGUCUUCAAAGCCAAACAUUCUAAAGUGCCUCAUGAGAUCUUCUUUCCAGUACAGGAAGGUACUUGCUAAUCCUGUGCUUCAGAUUUUCCCUAGAUAUGAAGCUUACCUUGAAAUGGGAAACUAUGAAUUUUGUCUCUUCAGAAAGGGAAUUAAGACCAGCCUUACCACCCCUGCUCCUCCAACGCACACGCCUUAAAAUCCUGGUGAAUCAGGAGACACCCAUGGAUGUCUCCAUCGCUGGUCAGGGUCUCUUGUGAAGUGUUUAUAUUUAGAGAUGUUUAUUUUAAGUAGCUAUUUUAUAAAUAAAAGAAUUUCUGGUG